UUCGCCACGCAUGCGCAGUAAAACCCGACCGUCUCACGCGUUGUAGGCACGGUCCGCCACGCUCGGAGUCUUCUCUUAUACAAACCAAGAUGUCGAAAAGAGGACGUGGUGGAUCGGCUGGAGCUAAGUUCAGGAUAUCGCUUGGUCUACCGGUUGGCGCGGUCAUCAAUUGCGCCGAUAACACUGGUGCCAAGAACCUAUAUGUCAUUGCGGUGCAAGGAAUCAAAGGCCGGUUAAACCGCCUGCCAGCAGCGGGCUCCGGCGAUAUGAUCGUUGCCACCGUGAAAAAGGGAAAGCCUGAACUUAGGAAAAAGGUGAUGCCUGCGGUGGUCAUACGGCAACGGAAGCCAUUUCGUAGGAAGGACGGAACGUUCAUAUACUUUGAGGACAAUGCCGGUGUGAUUGUCAACAACAAGGGUGAGAUGAAAGGAUCGGCUAUUACGGGACCUGUCGCGAAAGAGUGCGCAGAUUUGUGGCCAAGGAUCGCAUCCAAUGCCAGCAGCAUCGCAUAGUACACACAUCCUGUAUAAACUUACUGUCCUUAAUGAAAUAAACCCGAAAAUAUGUAAUA